CUCUGCACUCAUCUGUCAGUCGUCCUGGAGCCGUGUGUGAAGAGGAGCAGCUCGGUAUGUCUGUCACCAUAAGAAGGAGCGAGGCUUCUGGCACAGACGAAGGAGCCGACAAGACUUGAGUCCCCUGUGAAUUACAGCCCCGCUCUCCUCAGCAUCAGAGCACACUUAGGGUUGCCACCUGCCCGGUAUUUUAUUGGCCUGGCUGGUAAAAGUCCUGCCGGGACAGGUAUUACAAAUUUACCGGCAAUGUCAAUUUGUAAUGGUAGCUAUUUUGGGUUACUUCUGAAGUGCCUCUCGGCUGGUUAUGUAGCUGACUUUGACUGGUUUUGAAAAUUAGUCCCGGCAACCCUGGAGCACAGGAGGAGCCGCCUCUCCUUCACUAGCUGCAUCAUCCGGUGAUUCAAGAGGCGGGGCGCCCACGAGGCAGCCAAUCAUUGCUGCUGCUUCAGUGUGACAGACAAUCGCCUCCCUUUCAUCUUCUCCUCCCCCUCUCUCUGAGCAGCCAGCCUCUCCUCCCACUGUUCCUGUGAUCAGGAGGAAGACGGCAGCUGCCAGGGGCCUAAAGGCAAAGAAUGCAAAGCUAAAAGCUGCAGAUCUGACAAGGAGACCUCUGGCUCCCAGACCACGGCCAAAGAAAUAAAGCAGCUUCUCCAGCUUUCCUCAGGAACCAAUCAGGACACAGAGGGAAGGCUUUUCGUCAGAUGACUGUCCUUCCUUAUCACCUCCAGUGCAUGGGCCUAAUGAUCUGAUGCUGCUCCUAGCACCAGUAUGACAGCGGAUGCCAAAAAGAGCUCUAACACUAUUACCCCUUCAGCUGCAGCAAAAAGCAGUGUGGGCACCUUCAGGGCAGUAGCCUCCUCUUCCCUCUCUUCCUCAGCUGCCUCCAUCUUCUCCCUUUCCUCAGCCUAAGGCUCAGCAAUCUCUCCAGGAUACCAGCCUGAUACCAGCUGAGUCUACAACAGCGCAGGAGAGAGUUGUCCUCUACUCAAUGGCAGAAGACAAUGAGACAUCCUUAGGAAGUUCGUCUGUGUCCACACCACUUGAGGACCACACUGCUCCCCAGCAGGGUUACGUCUGCAGUCUGAGCCCAGAGCUUGUCCUGAAAGCUCGGGAGGAAUUACAAGAAAAGCCAGAAUGGAGGCUACGUGAUGUCCAGGCCCUAAGGGACAUGAUAUGGAAGGAUUACCCCCACCUAAAGACUCGAGUGGACGAUUCAUUCUUGCUUCGAUUCCUCAGAGCCAGGAAGUUUGAUUAUGACCGGGCCCUGCAGUUGCUGGUUAACUAUUACAGCUGCCGGAAGGGUUGGCCGGAGGUUUUUACCGAUUUGAGACCCUCGGCUGUUAAGCCCGUCUUGGACUCUGGGUUUCUUACAGUCCUGCCUCACACGGACACAGAGGGGCGCCGCAUUGUCUGUAUCCGUCCUGGCUGCUGGAUUCCCAGAGAUUAUCCAAUCACCGAGAACAUUCGUGCCAUAUACCUCACGCUGGAGAAGCUUGUGGAGUCUGAGGAGACCCAAGUUAAUGGCAUUGUCAUCUUAGCCGACUACAAUGGGGUGGGGUUGACGCACGCUUCUCACUUCGGGCCCUUUAUUGCCAAAAAAGUCAUUGGAAUUCUCCAGGACGGCUUCCCCAUCAGAAUCAAGGCUGUCAACGUCAUCAACGAGCCGAGAAUAUUUAAAGGCAUUUUUGCAAUCCUCAAACCGUUCCUGAAAGAAAAAAUAGUAAAAAGGUUCUUUCUCCACGGAUCAGACUUGAGUUCCCUUCAUGCCAACAUACCAAAGUCCAUCUUACCGGAGGAAUAUGGCGGCACUGCCGGAAAGCUGGACACCUCUGCUUGGAAUCAGAUAUUACUGAAUUCCGAGGAAGACUUUGCCAAACGCUUCGGCCCGGCGCAUCCCACGCGGGAAGGAUCCCUGCAGGGCUUUCUCAUGAACGAUACGGAAUCUGAUUCGCUGCAGUUCGAGGAGUCCGCGCGGGGCGUGAAAUCCCAGCUUUAUUGUUACUGAUUUGUAUAUGAUCUCAAGAGUAUAUUUUGCUAGUGCUUGAUUGGCCAAUGUCUCGGUUAUAGCCACUCAUCAUUCAUUUGCACCUGCCUCCCCCUCCCCAUGCAUCCAUGUUCCUUGUGCUGCUUAUAUGCCACAACAGAGCAAUAGCCGGCCCUCAACCCUAAUGCAAAAAGCAACCCUCCUUCUCCUUUUAACAUUUAACAGAAAUUAGGCUUUAGUUGUAGGGCGACCAUUGAAAGACAAGUCUCCAAAGCUGGUGGUCUAUACUUAAU